AUGUUGUUCUGCUGCGGUGUCGCCACAGGCCUGUUCUACUACGCAGUUGCGGAGCCGAUGUGGCACUUCAAAGGCUGGGGUUCCCCGAGGUUCCUCUCCACGGUCAAGGGCUACGGCAACGUGGACGAGGACGCGACGCACGCGCUGAUGGUGAGCGUCUUCCACUGGGGCGUUCAUGGCUGGAUCCCGUACGUGGUGAUGGGGGCUACGCUUGACAUCAUGACUUACCGGCAUGGAUACCCAAUGACCGUCCGGUACGCGUUCUAUCCUCUCAUUGGCGACAACGUUUAUGGAUGGAUGGGAAACACCGUGGAUGCCCUCUCCAUCGCGGCUUCUAUCGCAGGCGUCUGCACGUCCCUCGGCCUGGGCGCCAUGUCGAUCAACGCUGGCCUGCAGCGCCUCAGCUGGGGGACUCACCACGGGGAGAAUUUUGCCAUCCCGAACGAGGACAAGUAUUCAGUUCCUGGAUGUGGUGGCCAAGGAUAUUCCUGUGUGAUGGUCAGGAAUCUUUCGGCAUCCAACGAAACACGACGACCAUGA